AUGGCCGAGUAUUAUCAGGGUGAAUAUUUAUACAAUCCUGUUUUAUAUGAAUUGGGUUUUAAGUAUGGUUUGGUAACAAACACUGAUGGUACAGGACACGAUCUGUCGAUCAUCGAUGCAUUAACUCCUGCCCGAUUAGAUGAGCUGAAGGAAACCAUUAGGCGUGAGAUUCGACGAGAGCUUAAAAUCAAAGAAGGGGCUGAAAAAUUGCGAGAAGUUGUCACGGAUCGAAAAUCAUUAUCAGAUGUUACGGAUAUUGUGAAAAAAUCUAACACUAAGCUUGCAGAACUUCAGGCAGAACUGCAAGAACUUGAAUCCCAUAUCAUACUCAGCCAUGGAGCCACAGGACAACAGUCGUGUUCUGGGGCUUCAAAUAAUUCAUUUUCUUCUGGAGUUCAUAAGACAUCUGGAAUAAAUGGUUCAACAGAUCGACCUAUUUCAAGUUCUUUGCCUAUGCAGUUUGUUGGUCAAUCACCUAACCAAGUCCAAGAAUCUAAUUUUGUGAGUGACCUCAGACUAGUGCAACUAGAAAAACAGCUGAAUAUAGAAUUAAAGGUCAAACAAGGAGCUGAAAAUAUGAUUCAAAGUUUAAGUAAUGGCCAUUCAAGAGAUAAAAAGUUAUUAGCUGAUGCCCAACAAAUGUUAUCAGACUCUAAACUGAAAAUUGAAUACCUAAGAAUGGCUAUUUUGAAAGGAAAGCAGACUAAACAGCAAAAAGAAGAAAUGAAAUCUAAUAGUGAAAACAAACAUGAGAAGUCUGAGUCACAUUUAGAAACGCCAUUGGAAGAACGUGUAGCAGAGCUACGGCAUAGAUUAAGAAUUGAAGCAGCGGUUGUAGAAGGAGCCAAAAAUGUUAUUAGAACAUUGCAAAGUUCCAAAAUUGCAGAAAAAAAAGCUCUUCAAGAAGUAAGCAUUUUAAAAUUGUAUAUAAAUCUUCAAUGUGUAGAAAAACAAAUUAUAUAG